ACUGCCCCUCAAACUGCCACUCAAACUGCCCCAAACUGCCACACCACAGCCUCCCUGGGUCUGGCCUUGAGACCCUUCCAUGCAGCUCAGUCCCCAGACUCACCUCAGUCCCUGCUGACUGACUGAAAAUCCCCUCGKUCCUGAAAAUAAUUGCAAAUUUUAUCGCAAGUGGCAGGGGCACUGCGAGCAGAAGUGCUGAGGUUUCACUGCUCUGAGCUUUCUUGCCAAAUGUUUCAUAUUGCUGCCCGGCCCCUGAAGCCAACAGCCAAGCCAUGCUGCUUUUGUUGGAAACGUUGGUUCUUCUCCGUAGAAGGUCCGACACGGGGAUGCUGCUGCUGACCCUCCUGCUCCGCCUGCUCCUGGCGCACCCCGGACACUCCCACCAAGUGCCCUGGACCUACAAAGGAGAAGGAGAGCUGGACGAGGAGCACUGGGCUCAGCAUUUCCCAGACUGUGCUGGCAAGCAGCAAUCCCCCAUCGACAUCCAGAGGAGGAAAGUGAAGUACAACCCUCUGCUGCUGCAGCUGGAGCUCAGUGGMUACGAUGGGCCCUUGCAGGGGAACUUCACGAUGACCAACAAUGGCCACUCGGUYCAGAUCGAUUUGCCACCCACCAUGAACAUCUCCAGAGGGCUCCCAGGUCUCUACACUGCUGUCCAGAUGCACCUGCACUGGGGAGGGCUGGACCUGGAGACCAGCGGCUCUGAGCACACCAUCGAUGGCAUGAGAUACUUCGCUGAGCUGCACAUUGUCCACUACAACUCUGCCCAGUACUCGUGCUUCGAGGAGGCCAAGGACAAGCCCCAGGGGCUGGCGGUGCUGGCCUUUCUCUACACGGAUGGGCACUUUGAGAACACCUACUACAGCGAGUUCAUCUCCAAGCUGGCCAGAAUCAGGUUUGCAGGUCAAUCCACCACGCUGAGUUCUCUGGACAUCCAGGCCAUGCUGCCCGAGAAUCUGGGACAGUUCUACCGCUACCAGGGCUCGCUGACCACCCCGCCCUGCUCCGAGAGCGUCAUCUGGACCAUCUUCCACACCCCAAUCGUCCUGUCACACACACAGGUCAGUGCUGCCCCUCUCCAGCUGCUCCUUCCUCCACACAUUUCAKUUCCUGGCCUCCAGGGAUCUCGGGACAGCCUGACAGAGGAGCUCUCAGGGUAUUUCUCAUGCAGAGCUUUGCUGUUGAUCCCUCCAGCACAGUGCCAUCCGGAGGAACUGACCCUUAGGCUGGACCAAAUCCAGAGCCAGCUCCAGGACAUGAAGACAGAGCUGCUGCAUGGCCUGAGCCACUCAGGCACAAAAUCCAGCAGCUUUCCAGCUUUCUACUUCCCCGUGGAGAACAUUGAGAGCGUGGUGGAGGUUCACCCGCUCCGCGCCGUGUCCCUGCGAGCCUUCACCCUGUGCUUCUGGAGCAGAGCCCAACCCUCGGGCACCCAGACCAUCCUGUCCUACUCCACUGGGGACAGCGCCCACGAGCUGCUGGUGACGGUGGGGACAGAGCUGGGGCUGUGCCUGGGGGGACACUGGGUCAGCUUYCCCCUGCAGCACCAGSAGCAGCAGUGGCUGCACCACUGUGUCACCUGGGUGUCCCCAUCGGGCACUGCCAGCCUCUGGCUCAACGGAGCGCCUGGCAGAGCCAGGAGUGUCCAGAGGGGCUACAUAACCCAGCCUGGGGGCACACUGCUGCUUGGCAAGGACAGGGACACCCUGCUGGGGACGUUCUCCAAUGGUUUUGUGGGGUGGCUGGCUCAGGUGAACCUGUGGAGCCGCGUGCUCAGCGCUGCUGAGAUCCGGGCACUGGCGCUGUGCAGGGCAGGGCAGCUCCACGGGGACGUGGUGGCCUGGGGACAAACCCCCAUGGCCCUGCUCGGGGGAGUGCUGCUGGAGCCUGACAGCAGCUGCCAGUGAGCCAGCCUGUGCUCUGCUCUGCACUGAGAGAUUCCGAGCUGCUCAUGGGGAGAACCAGGAUGGUUUGCUGUUCCUCCUGCUCUGUGCAGCUCCCUGUGCAGCUGCCACUGCUCUGGGGUUUGAUCUUUGCAAAGAACUCCAGAGCGUGGCACAGCCCAGCACCCUGGACUGUCACCUCCCUYCCUYCCUCCCAGGGCACUGAUUUAGAUCCCCACACGUUUUCAUUCUGUUCUCUGGUCAAAGGCACCGCUUUCCCAAAUAAAAUGUC